AUGAAGAGAGCAGACUCACCUGCACCCAGCAGUAUUUCUGUGAAGAGUCACCGGUCAAAGGACAACCCACCUAAGUUCAGAGAGGGAAGUUUUCCAACAGAUCAAAGUCUUAUUUACAGAGACCCAAUGGAACAAUGCAGUUCAGAUCUGCAUGAUAAAUUGGGUUUAUCAUCCAUAUUGAAGUCAUUAGAAGAAAAUGCUAUAAAGUUCCUAAAGAAUGAGCUGAAGAAGAUCAGAAAUUAUCUAGAGGAGAGUUUCACAGAAGGUCCUGAGCCUCAGCUGGAUGAGGACAAUGACCUGGACAGUGAUGAUCAGAUGCAAAAGACCUGUGGUAAAGCAGGAGCUUUGAAGGUCAUACUGUACAUACUGUGGACCAUGAAGCAAAAUGAUCUUGCAAACAGACUGGAGAAGAUGGACCUCCUGUUGCAAUGUCAGUACAGAAUAAAAUGUGACCUGAAGAAGAAGUUUGAGUUUUUGUUUGAAGGGAAAGCUAAGGAAGGACACCCAACACUUCUCAAUGAGAUUUACACAGAACUCUACAUAAAUGAAGGUGGAACUGGAGGAGUCAAUGAUGAACAUGAAGUGAGACUGAUUGAAACAGCAUCCAAGAAAAGUGUAACAGAAGAUACUACAGUCAAGUGCAAUGAUAUAUUUAAACCCUUAUGUGGGCAGAAGACACCUAUCAGAGCCGUACUCACUAAAGGGGUUGCAGGUAUUGGGAAAUCAGUCUCUGUGCAGAAAUUCAUUCUUGACUGGGCAGAAGGAAAAGCAAACCAGGAUAUUUGCUUGAUAUUUGCUCUACCAUUCCGGGACCUGAAUUUGAUUAAGGAUGAAUACAGUCUGAUUGAAUUGCUUUGGCAUUUUGUCCCAGAACUGAAAUCACUUGAUUCUGCUGAACUAUGUAGUUGCAAAGUCUUGAUCAUCUUUGAUGGUCUGGAUGAGUGUCGCCUUCCUUUAGAUUUUCAGAAGAAUGAGAGCUGGUUUGAUGUAACAAAGAAAACAUCACUGGAUGUGUUGUUGACCAACCUCAUUAAGGGGAAUCUGCUUCCAUCUGCUCGACUCUGGAUAACCUCCCGGCCAGCAGCAGCCAAUCAGAUACCUCCUGAGUGUAUCCACCAGGUGACAGAGAUACGAGGGUUCAAUGAUCCCCAGAAGGAGGAAUAUUUCAGGAAGAAAUUUAGUGAUCAGAGCCUGGCUAGCAAGAUUAUCACACAUGUGAAAUCAUCAAAGAGCCUCUUCAUCAUGUGCCACAUACCUGUGUUCUGCUGGAUUUCAGCCACUGUUCUUGAAAUACUUUUUAGUGAGACUGACAACAGAGAAAUCCCAAAAACUCUGACUGAAAUGUACACACACUUCCUGAUCUUUCAGACGAGUUUAAAAAAUGACAGAUAUAUGAACAAUCAAGAAAAUGAGAGAAAUAUAAUUAAAUACAUACAACUGAAUAAAGAUGCCCUCUUGAAUUCGGUAAGCUGGCUUUUCUCAUUAUUAAAAAAGGCGGUCUCAUAUUUGACAGGAACAAGACUGUUUGGUGAGCAUAAUGAAUAUAUUGAAUCCAACAGCAAAUUCCUUCAUUAUCUUGGUAAACUGGCUUACUACAACUUUGAGAAAGGCAAUCUCAUAUUUUAUGAGCAGGAUUUGAAAGAGAAUGACAUUGAUGUCAGUGAAGCUUCAGUUUACUCUGGAGUGUGCACAGAAGUCUUUAAAGAGGAAUUUGGAUUGUAUCGGGAGAAGGUGUACUGCUUUGUACAUCUGAGCAUUCAGGAGUAUCUCGCUGCUUUUUAUGUGUUCCAAUCCAACUCACCAGCUGACCUGCUGAAGACUACAGUGGAUCAAGCAUUAGAGAGCAAGAAUGGACACUUGGACCUCUACCUCCGCUUCCUCCUUGGUCUCUCAGUAGACUCCAAUAAGACUCUGUUACAAAAGCUCCUGGGAAAGACAAGAACCAGCUCACAUAACAUUACAGAAACAGCCCAGUACAUCAAGGACAAAAUAAAACAGAAUUUAUCUCCAGAAAGGACCAUCAAUCUGUUCCAUUGUCUGAAUGAACUGAAUGAUAAUUCCUUAGUAGAUGAAGUACAGAACUACCUGAAUUCAGGAAGCCUUUCAGCAGAAGAUCUCUCACCUGCCCAGUGGUCAGCUCUGGCCUUUGUGUUACUGAUGUCAGAUGAGGAGCUGGAUGUGUUUGAUCUGAAGAAAUACAUCAGAUCUAAUGAAGGUCUUCGGAGGCUGCUGCCAGUGGUCAAGAAAUCUAAGACAGCCCUACUAAACAGCUGUAAUCUCACAGAGACAUGCUGUGAAGCUUUGGCUUUAACUCUCAGAUCAAACCCCUCAUGCCUGAGAGAGCUGGACCUGAGUGACAAUGACCUGCAGGAUUCUGGAGUGAAGCUGCUCUCUGCUGGACUGGGGAAUGAACACUGUAAAGUGGAAAUACUGAGGUUGUCAGGCUGUAGUGUCAGAGGAGAAGGCUACUCUUCCUUGGCUUCAGCACUGAGGUCAAACCCCUCACACCUGAGAGAGCUGGAUCUGAGCUCCAAUCACCAAGGAAACUCAGGAGUGAAGCAGCUCUCUGCUCUACUGAAGGAACCCACCUGUAAACUGGAGAAACUGAAAGUGAACAGCUGUAAAUUGAGUUGGGAAUCCUGUAUAGCACUGGCCUCUGCUCUCAGUUCAAACCCACAUGUGAGAGAGCUGGACCUGAGUGACAAUGAGGUGCCGGAUUUAACAGAGAAACAGCAUCCAAAGAUUAAAAGGGAGAUGCCACAGUCAGCAUUACUGGGUUUUACACGCUGUAAGCUGGAGGUACUCAGACUGAACAGUUGCAAUCUCACAGAGACAUGCUGUGAAGCGUUGGCUUUAACUCUCAGAUCAAACUGCUCAUACCUGAGAGAGCUGGACCUGAGUGACAAUGACCUGCAGGAUUCUGGAGUGAAGCUGCUCUUUGAAGAACUGGAGAAUCUACACUGUACACUGGAAAUACUGAGGCUGGCAGGUUGCACAUUCACAGAAGAAGGCUGUUCUUCCCUGACUUCAGCUCUGAGGUCAAACCCCUCACACCUGAGAGAGCUGGAUCUGAGCUACAAUCACCUAGGAGACUCAGGAGCAACGCUGCUCUCUGCUGUACUGGAGGAUCCCAGCUGUAAACUGGAGAUACUGAAACUGAACAGCUGUAAAUUGAGUUGGGAAUCCUGUAUAGCACUGGCCUCUGCUCUCAGUUCAAACCCACAUGUGAGAGAGCUGGACCUGAGUGACAAUGAGCUGCCGGAUUUAACAAAGAAACAGCAUCCAAAGAUUAAAAGGGAGAUGCCGCAGUCAGCAUUACUGGGUUUUACACGCUGUAAGCUGGAGGUACUCAGACUGAACAGCUGCAAUCUCAUAGAGACAUGCUGUGAAGCGUUGACUUUAACUCUCAGAUCAAACUCCUCAUACCUGAGAGAGCUGGACCUCAGUGACAAUGACCUGCAGGAUUCUGGAGUGAAGCUGCUCUUUGCGGAACUGGAGAAUCCACACUGUGCACUGGAAAUACUGAGGCUGGCAGGUUGCACAUUCACAGAAAAAGGCUGUUCUUCCCUGACUUCAGCUCUG